AUGGAUGGCAAUGAACAAGACUCGGCUGUGGAUCUCAAGGAGAUUUUUGAAAGACUGUUAGCGAUACAAACAGAAGACUUAGAUGAUGAUAUCAUUGUGGCCUUCACACUCACUCGCAUGGGAAUCACGCUGAUGGAGCAAGGGAAUCUAGAUGAAGCCUUGGAGAAACUGAAUAGAGCCCUCGCGAUACGCAUGGAAAAGUUGGGAGAACAUAAUGAUACAUCUGAAACCUACGCGGCAAUUGGCUGUGUCUUUGCAAUGCAAGGCAAUUUUGAAAAAGCCGAAGAAAUGUUCCGGGAAGCUUUGGAUAUCAAGCGCAAACUUCUGCCAAAUGAUCAUUAUGAUUUGAUUACACUGUACCAAGGCCUUACAUAUUCAUUGAAAAAGCAAGGCAAGUAUUCAGCAGCGACCAAGAUAUACAAACUUCAACUUGGGGCGAUACUCCAAAUGCAUGGAGAAUACCACCCCGACGUUGUAGUUGCAUAUAAUGGCAUUGCACAGCUGCUUUUUCUUCUAAACAGGUUGGACGAUGCGCUUCAGUUGCUUGAUAGAGGCAUAGAAAUAUGCAAUCAUUUACAACAGCUGGAAGGCUUCGACAUAGCGAUAUUGGAAACAGCGCUCAACAACCAAGCAAGAGCUCUAAAGGUACAGGGCAACUUGGUAGCUGCUACGGAGGCGUUCAACAGAGUACUAGUGAUACAAAUGGAAACGCUAGGUGAAAUGCACCCCAAAACAGCAGAAACCUAUGAACAGCUUGGACAAGCAUAUGUCCGACAAGAGAUGGUAGAACGUGCUAUCGAGGCGUACGCGAAAGCCGUCAAAAUUCGUCGAAAGGAGCUUGGCAAUGAUCAUCGCAACGUAAAAGAGCUCGUGUUUGCUGUUGAAGUGUUGGAACUAGAGAAAAAUGUGGCAGCACUGAACGAACAGGGACUGGCUAUGAAAGCGGAGGGCGAUUUGGAAAAGGCAGAACAACUCUUCCAAGAGGCGCUAGAGUUGUACUUGGGAACCUCUAAUUUCUGUACCACUAUGGCAGUUGUGCUCGAGAAUAUUUCGGAUGUCAGAGUUGACAUGGGGUUGUUGGAAGAUGCUAUUGUUGUAAGUGCAGAGGCACUAAGGAUUCGGCGAAGAAUGCACGGUGACGAUGAUGCUGACACGAAGCGACGGAUCAAGGUACAUAGAUCUUUGUUGAAACGUCUCUUGGAGAAUCGGAGCUAA